CUUGCAGAUCAAAUUGGACGAGGCCGUAAGAUUCUCAUCAAUGCCGGCACUGCAAAGUCCCCACGAACCCCGAAUGGGGUUGAAAAAGAAUGCCUAGCCUUUCAUGUAAUUCCUCGUGGCGGCAGCGCUGUGUAACUGCCGAAGUUUAGGCACAGCCACCCAAAUCCUUUCCCCGCCCCUAGUCGAGUACAUAUCCCCGAUCCUCCCGGCCUCCCUUCCCUCCACCACCGAUCCCCGCCAGAAAGAAAGGACCGAUAAUUAAGCAAUGACUGCAACUCCGAAGACGCUUCAAGUGGGCAAUCUGUCGAUCAAUGGCAGUCUAUCUCCCGACGGCUCCGUUGCGAGCUUCCUGGGGAUACCGUUUGCACAAAUCCCGGCCCGAUGGAGGCAAGCGGCACUGAUUGAUGCCUUUGACGGGCGCGACGGGGGAGUGCUUGAUGCGACCAAGUAUGGGCCCAUAGUUCCGCAGCCGCCCAGUGCCUCGACACUGAACCACCCGGAAAUCCGACAGUCCGAGUUUGGGUGCCUGAACCUCAACGUGUGGGCUCCCGCCGAGGCACUGGAGGGGAAGGGCGAGGCACUGCCCGUGAUUGCCUGGGUGCAUGGCGGCGGAUACAUGUGGGGACACAAUGCCACCCAAGACGGCAGCCACCUCGUGCGGCGGUCGGUCCAGCUGGGCAAGCCCGUCAUCGUCGUGGCGAUGAACUACCGCAUGCACCUCCUCGGCCUGGUGGGCUGCAAAGAACUGCGUGAAGAGGCACACAGCCUGGGUGAACAUGGCUACUACAACCUUGGCCUGCACGACCAGCGCCUCGGCUUCCAGUGGAUCCAACGUCACAUCCACCGGUUUGGGGGAUCGCCCACCCGUGUCACAGCCAUGGGCGAGUCCGCCGGCGCUCACAGCAUUCUCUGGCACAUGCGCUCGUCGUACCCGGCUUUCCAGCGCGCAAUCGUCCACUCAUCGCCCUUCCACCAGCCGCUCACCCGGGCCGACCACCAGUUGAAAUGGGACGCUCUGUUUGCGAAGUUGGGGAUCGCUCCGGACGCCCCCACGGGAGUCAAGCUCGCCGCCGCCAGGAGUCUCUCGGCGGAGGAGGUCGUCGCAGCGUACGACGGCUCACAGCCCGCAUUCCCGUGCGUCGACGACGGCUUCCUCGUCGACUACGACCCCGCCACCAUUGGCGAGAGCAACUACUGGGGCACAUGGCCCGGCUGGGUCGACGCCGUCGUCAUCGGCACUAUGAAGGAAGAGGGUUCCUUCUGCCUGCCCGAGUACGUCUCCGCCUCCCCUUCCGUCAUUCGAUCGGGCAUCGUGGCUUCUGCCGGUCCCGACCCAUCCGCGCGGGCCUUCCUCGCCGAGGUCGCCGACGCCUACGGCAUCACCGGAUCCGGGGAGGAGGACCAGCCGACGGCCUUCUACGCGAUGCAGAAGUUCGUCGGCGACGGCUUCUUCGUCUGCCACGCCGUGGAGACGGCGCGCGAGGCGGCCCGCCAGGGCAGGCGGGUCUACUUCGAGGCCUUCGACCAGCGCGACGACGACCAGCCGUGGCUGCCGUUCCUGGGGCCCGGCCAGUGGGCGUACCACGCCUUCGACGUGCCGUUCCUGUUCUACGCCCCGUCGACGCAGGUCCGGCCGGCUUACAAGCGCGUCGCCGACGACGUGAGCCGGUCGUACGCGGCGUUUGCGUACGGCGAGGAACCGUGGGAGCCGCUGGGCACGGCCGGCAGGUGUGGCGUGUACACGGGCCAGGGUCUGACGAUGGAGGCCUUGGACGACAGGGUUAAGGAGGGGGAUGCGCUCAGGACCACCCCUGAGCGUAGAGACCUGUUUCGCAGAGGCGCGUACAAGCUGCACCUGAACAUCUUCGAGGCGGCGGCGAGGGCGAAGGGAGGUAAUUAGCCUGUAACUAGACAUGGUUCGAUCAUUUGCUUUCAGGUUCGCAUAUCGGUGCUGUUGGUAAUCAAGUGGUGGCAUAAACAGGACUCAACUUCGUCAGUCGCUUCUUUGUGCCUACAGUCCGCGGG